UAUUAAUCCAUGUUUUGGUUGUCUCUAAAUUUAAAUAAAUAUUAAAGUUUUUCUUUUUCUUUUCAACGUUACGAGGUUAUCAGAACCAGCAAAACAUUUUUUUAAUUUGAAAAGUAAAUUGAAAAGUGAUGGCUGCAGCUCUGCCAGAUGUAUCUCCACGGUCCGAAGACGAAGACUCUGACGGAUGGGACGAAAUGGAACCCGGCGGCGAACAAACAACUUGCUUGUUCUGUUCAUUGCACUUUCAUACCAUUGCGGUGGCUCUGGAUCAUUGUCGCGCGGUUCAUAAUUUCGAUUUGCUAGCGUUGAAAAAUAAAUUCAACAUGGAUUGCUAUUCCUAUAUUAAAUUGAUCAACUACAUAAGGCUGCAAAAACCGGAUCCCGAGUUGUUACUGGAGACGCCUGCGGCACUUUGGGAAGACGACUCUUACUUGAAACCUGGAGAGAUGGAGCCCUGGUUGAUGUAUGGUGUUAAUAUCGUUGGAGCUACAGGAACCGAAAAAACCGAUUUCUGUGACAUUUGA